CAUGCGCAGACACUCGAGGCAUAGGCCCAUGCAGGGAGGCAAAGGAAGUUCUCAUAAGGACGGUCUGCUCCAAACCUAUCUUGCACUUGCUAUCACUUUCCCUGGUUCUUCAACUCUCGCUGGCGCUGCUUGCGCACUCCUUCGCUUUUGAAUACUUGAUCUUCUCAUCUCGUACCGUACUAGUAUCCAGGACCAAUGGCAUCACGCACGCUUCUGUGGAUUGCUAGUCUUGCUUCGGUCCCCCUUGCCUGGGCCGGCAGUCCGACGUACAAUGAGAUUUUCCAGAAUCCUUUGCCUUUGUCACCAAUUGCAACUCCGGCAAGCUCUGCCAAUGUCAAUGGUCAACAGAUAGACUUCUACGAAGUCACUAUUGAACCAUUCCAGAAGCAAGUCUACCCAGACUUGGGUCCAGCCAACCUAGUAGGCUACAACGGUGUCGCACCAGGUCCCAGGUUCUAUAUCCAGAAGGGAACACAAACAGUCAUUCGCUACCACAACAAUCACACUGAUGAUUCCGUCGUCCAUCUACAUGGGUCGUGGACACAUACUCCAUGGGACGGUUGGCCGAGCGAUAGUAUCCACUAUGGCCAGUUCAAAGAUUACUACUAUCCAAACGAUCAGAACGCUCGCUCUAUCUGGUACCACGACCACGCAGAUGGUAUUACUUCCUCAAACUGUUUCCGAGGCCUAGUUGGAACUUAUGUUAUCUACGACCCCGAAGAAGACAAACUCGGUCUUCCUACAGGAAAAUAUGAUGUUCCACUGAUGAUGAGCGACAAGAUGUACACCGAUUCAGGAGACCUCAUUCAAGUCGGCAACGAGCAGAACGAUUUCAUCGGAGAUGUCAUGGAGGUCAAUGGACAGCCUUGGCCUUAUCUCGAAGUGGAGCCAAGGAAAUACCGCUUCCGUCUUUACAACACUGCUGUUAGCAGACCUUUCGAUCUACACGUAGAGCAGUCUAAUGGUGACUGGCUUGACUUCCAAGUCAUCGCAUCGGACUCUGGCUUGUUUGGCUCUCCGGUUCAGUCGAGCGAUGUUACGAUGGCUAUGGGGGAGAGAUACGAAAUUGUCGUCGAUUUUUCAAAUUUUGCCAACCAAAACCUUACAUUGAAGAACACGUUCUCCCUAGAAGGACAAGGUCUUGCCCAGUUCGACAACAUGGAUCUGGUCAUGUCGUUCGUCGUUGGUGGGUCCGUGAGUGACUGGUCGUCCAACGAAGUGUCAAGUAUCCUCAACCAGAACAUCAUUUGGCCUCAGGACAAGGAUGAAAUCGAUCAUACAUUCCGAUUUCAACGCGGCGGAGACGCCGCGUGGACAAUCGACGGAGUGGACUUCAACGAUAUCAACAACCGGAUCCUAGCGAGACCUCCCCAAGGAUCAACUCAGCGUUGGAGACUGGUUUACGCAGGAGGCCCCGGCUAUCACCCGGUCCAUAUCCACCUCGUAGACUUCAAGGUCCUUUCACGAACUGGAGGAAGCCGUGGUGUACUUCCCUACGAAUCGGCUGGAUUGAAAGACAUCGUCCUUCUUGAGCCUGGCGAGACUGUCGAUGUUGAAGUUUACUUUGGCCCUUGGAAUGGAUUGUACAUGUUCCACUGCCACAACCUCAUCCAUGAGGACCAUAUGAUGAUGGCAUCUUUCAAUGUCACUAGAUUGGAAGCUCUCGGAUACGACAACGUCGAGUCGCUCGAUGAUCCCGACGAUACACGAUUCAAGGCAGAAGAUUGGUCUGCCGAUGCCUACUCUGAUAGCCAAAUCCAAGGCAGACUCAAUUGGCUCGGUAGUCUGGGCGCAUACGAUGAGCGCGAGGAGCUCAGCAGUGCUGUCGCUGCAUACUACUCUGGCAACCCAAAUCCUCCGGUUGAGACUUGCAACUCUCAAACUUCUGCCUCCUCUCAAACACAGAGUUGGGGCCAGAACUGGCAAGGCAAUCGGGGAGGACGCGGUGGAUGGGGUAACCAGAAGCAAGGCCGACCAUGGCCGAGAUGAUCAUGUUUUCCGCUGCUUAAAUGCUUUGUCUUUUCAUAUGCUCGUUCGGACUGAGGGGAGAUGGUGACAGGUUCGGUUAGAUCUUGGCCGAUUUUGAGCAGUGUGACAGCGAAGCCACGCUGUUUAUAGAUUUCUUUAGCGACUUUAAUAACUUAGACUAUCUUAUACAUCAC